CAGUUUUAUAUUUGUGUCAGGCAAUCAAAAUUAGUUCAAAUAAAUAGUAAUAUUUAUUCUAAUCAGUCUAAUCAAUAUAAAAAUACCAAUAAUUAUGACGGAAAAUGUAAAUGAAUCAACUUCUCCACCUCUUAGAAGAUACAGGCCCAAUUCCAUGAGUAAUUCAAUUGCUUAUUUUGGUUUAUUACUCCUGGAAUUAAUUUUGUUGGCUAUUAAAUUCGUUUAUACUACUAUUGAAUCCACUGUACGUAUAUUUUUACCGCCGUUGGAAAAAUCACUAGUAGAUGAGAUUGUUUUAAUAACCGGCGCAGGCCAUGGCAUUGGUCGAGAACUAGCUAUAACAUUUGCCAAACAAAAUUCAAUAAUAAUAUGUUGGGAUCUAGAUGAAAAGGGCAAUGAAGAAACUAAACAAAUUCUUAAACUUCAAGGACACAAACGCGUUUACACAUAUAAAGUGGAUGUAUCAAAGAGACAGGAAGUGUUGGAUGCUGCAGCUUUAGUUAAACAGCAAGUUGGUAAUGUCACAGUAUUGGUUAAUAAUGCUGGCAUCAUGCCAUGUAGGCCGUUGUUUUUCCAAAGUCAUGAAAUAAUUAAGAAAAUAUUUGAUGUUAACGUUUUAGCUCAUUUUUGGUCUUUAGAAGCUUUUUUGCCGAGUAUGAUUGAAAAUAAUCAUGGUCACAUCAUUGCUUUGUCUUCAAUGUGUGGUGUUAUUGGAUUACCAAAUGUCGUACCUUAUUGUGCAUCAAAAUUCGCUGUAAGAGGACUCAUGGAAGCUAUGUAUGAAGAGUUGAGAGUUGGUGAUACGAAAAACUUAAAAUCCGAGAUCAAAUUCACAACGGUUUAUCCGAUUAUGGUAAACACAGGGCUCGUAAAAAAACCUAGAAAUCGAUUCCCGUUCUUGUUGGAUGUGCAAGAGCCUGAAAAAGUAGCCAAUAUCAUAGUAAAAUCGAUGAGACGCAACUACAAAGAAGUCAGUAUACCGUGGAUGUUGUUGCCUCUUGACAGGAUAUCCAGGCUGUUGCCCGGAAAAUUUAUUCAGAAUGUCAAAGAUUUCAUCGACACCGGUUUGGAUCCGCACACUGAUGAUUAAAUUACCCGUGUCCGAAUGUUCGAACUGACCUGUAUCUACGCAGACGGUACUAAAUUUUCAAAAGAUUUUGUUGUUAUUUUAGUAUACAUUUUUUAAAUGCAUGUUUUCUCUAUAGCUUUACACAGUUGCGUAGUUACGGGGAGGGUGUAAGGGGUUUCCACCCCCCCACAGAUUUUUUUUUAAUGAUAUUUGAUUAUUAUUUAUU